AUGGGCUCGUAUGAAGGCCAAUCCAUCAACCGAGCCAACCUCGCUAAGCAAAUCGUCCGCGGAAUCGAGACAGCUCCAAUCCCAGCGCCCGGUACCCUCCUCCAGAUUCGCACAGGCAAGGUCGGCCGACUGGGACACACGAAAUCUGCCAUUGCCAAGCACGAAGUCAAUGGUCCGAUCUUCGUGGGCAACACAGGUCUGAUCGAAGAUGAGCAUGUCUAUCGCGACCACGGAGGAAUUGAACGCGCGGUGCACGGCUACAACCCCAACCACUACGCAGACUGGCGAGCUGAGGAGCCACCCAAUCCAUCUCUAUUCGACCUCGGUGGCUUUGGAGAGAAUCUUUGCGCGACAAAUCUAGACGAGGAGAAUGUGUGCAUCGGUGAUUUGUUCCGGGUAGGCGAGAAUGUCAUACUCCAGGUCAGCGAACCACGAAAUCCAUGCUAUAAGCUGAAUAUUCGUUUUGAGUGGUCACGGGCGCUCAAACGCGUCCAAAGCACUGGUCGCGUCGGCUGGCUCUUCCGCGUGCUGGAGACUGGUUAUAUCGAGAAAGGCGAUGGGAUCGUCCUAAUCGACAGGCCACAUCCGAGGUGGUCGGUGAUGAACGUGCAACGCGUCAUCGCUGGAAAGUCGGUACCGCUGGCUCUGCUGCAGGAAUGCAGUGAUUUGGAAGUGCUCACGGAAAAGUUUAGAGACCGAGCGCGGAAGCGAUUGGAGGGCUCACCCAAAAAAUACACCUUGGUCGAGGUCAAGAGCGUCACUUCGCGCGUCAAGCAGUUCACGUUCACACUCAGAGAUUCGUUGAGACUGCAGAAUGCUGCAUUCGAGCCCUUCGCAUUUGCGCAGAUUCGCUUCGGCCCAGAGCUCUCAAUGUCGCGCUCGUAUUCGAUUGUUGCUGGCGACCUGGGAAGAUUCACUUUAGGCGUAGCUUUGGAUGAUGCAUCUCGGGGUGGUUCGAAAUUCCUGCACGCUGAAUUGAAGUUGGGUGAUGAGAUCGAAAUGCUUCCUGGAGCCAACCCACGAGCGGUGCGGGACGAAAAGAUUUGUCUGGAGAAGGAGAGCAUUAAGAAUCGCAUCGUGAUUAUUGGUGGCAUUGGUGUGACUGCUUUCUUGCCUGCGAUUCGACAGUGGCAAGCAGAUCAUGUCCCAUUUGAAGUACACUAUGCUGUGCGCAGCCCAGAGCAGGCCGCCUUCCUCGAGAUGUUGCCAGCGAAUCAGACGACUGUUUACGCCCAGUCGCGAGGGGAGCGACUUGACAUGACGAAAGUCAUUGCUGCGAAAGCUCACGAGGGCCGCUUCGAUAUCAAAGUAUACUGCUGCGGGCCCUCGAGAUUGAUGGAAGCUUGCAGACAGCAUCUUGAAGAGGCUGGCUAUCCAGAGCACAUGAGCCAUUUCGAGGACUUCGGCGGCGCUCCGGGCGGACAGCUGGGAGAAGGCUUCGAGGUGGAGGUCCACGAACCAGACGAAGGACGCCAAGAAAUGCUCACCGUCCCUCCUGAGAAGUCAUUACUGCAAGUUCUCAAUGAGGCUGGAUUCGACGUCAUGUCCAGCUGCCAGUCCGGCGGAUGUGGAGCUUGCAAAGUGACCGUGUGUGCCGGCGAGGUCAAGCACCGCAGCACCGUCUUGACAGCGAAGGAGAAGGCAACGAAUCUUCAGGCUUGUGUCGAUCGUGGAAUUGGGAAAAUCACGAUCGAGAUUGAUUGAGAUCCGUUGCACUCUUCUGCUGGGCACGAGAACUGACGUUCACGAACAGACAUCGAUGACCGCUCACUAAUGUGAGGUCAAGGGAGUAUCUUGGGUCGUCACAAGGCUACUGGGAGCAAGCCAAGUAUGAUACUUGUGAAUGCAUUUCAUCGCCCAAAUUGUACUUAGGACAGAAUGCAUCCCUACCACC